AGACAAUCUGACAGGCGCUCGACCAUAUAAGCGUUGCUACAGUCUGUGGCGUCAGAUCUCCCAUUCACCACUCAUCACAGACUUAUUUGACUUUUGCCGACAUUUUUGCAAAAUUCUUAUUUGUUUGGAAUUUUGGUGUACUUAAGGAUGUGGUUCGCACUCUUAGCAUUCGCUGUUCCCAUUUUCUCCUCUUUUGGGCAAGAUCCAACGCCCAGCAAAGCACAACCUGAUAGCUUUAAAUGGGGGCCAGGAGGCGAAAGGGGAAUGGGUGAUAGACGAGGGACAGGUAUGCAAGCGCGUGAUGAUGGAGUGGGAAUGCCUUGGAGACCAAAUAUGGGGCCAAGAAUGGGGCCAAGAGGAAUGACACCAAAAAUGGGCGGCCGUAGACUUGGAUUCGGAGGAGAGGGCCGUUUCAACGGUAGACAUGACUUGGGAGGAGGGGAGCGUUUUAACGGCAAACAUCGAUUUGGAGGACGGGAUCGUUUCAACGGCAGACAUGGAUCUGAAAGAGGGAAUCGUUUCAGCGGCGGACAUGAAUUUGGAGGAGAGGACCAUUUUAACGGCAUAAUGAUGCGAAGUCCGUUGAGAGAAUAUUGGUAAUCGCAUGCUUUCCCGCAUUCUACAUAAAGCAAAGUUGGCACUUCUAUGUCGUUAAAAAGACUUACUUUCAUUGAGUUAAAGAUUCUCUCCGCUUGGAAAUGUGUUAUUUCAAACAAAAUGGCAAAAUAAAGGUGGAUGUAUUA